UUUCUAAACGGGGACAAACCCUCCAAACUAGACAGAACCAUGGGCAAUCACGGCUCCAACCUGGAUGAUAUCUUGGCAGAGGAUAUGCAUCAUUGGUACAAUAAGUUCAUGAGGGAGUCGCCCUCGGGCCUCAUCACUCUGUUUGAGCUCAAAGCCAUCCUGGGAUUGAGGGGCAUGACUGAGGAUGCCAACAGCUACGUGGACCAAGUCUUUUUCACUUUUGACAUGGAUGGGGAUGGCUAUAUAGACUUCGUGGAGUACAUUGCAGCCAUCAGUUUGCUGCUGAAGGGAGAGAUCAACCAGAAACUAAAGUGGUACUUCAAACUCUUUGACCAAGACGGCAACGGAAAGAUUGACAAGGACGAGUUGGAGACGAUCUUCUCGGCCAUCCAGGAUAUUACACGGAACCGUGAUAUCGAUCCAGAGGAGAUCGUUGCGCUCAUAUUUGAGAGAAUUGACGUGAAAGGAGAGGGUGAGAUGACCCUGGAGGAGUUUAUCGAGGGCGCCAAGGACCACGAAGACGUCAUGGAGAUGCUGAAGAACUUGAUGGACCUGACACCUGUUUUGGUCAUCAUUGUGGAGGGAAGACGGGCGAGCUAA